GUAGGGGUGCGUUACAUUAAUUUUGCAAGCUCGAGUGCUACAUCAGAGUUUUCCUAGCCUAGUACUAACCUUAUACGCAUUACUGACAUGUGUGGAUGUCAUUGUAAUCAGCUGAUAGUUAUUUGGUUUGAAGGGUAUUGGGAUUUCCUGAAUAUUUGGGAUGUGUUAUAUCAUUCCUGUUGCAUAUAUUGAGCUUCAUUUAGACUAAUAAAGUUUACCGUCAAGUUUCUUUGACAUGAUUCUCACCAGUUGAUAAUCAGACAAACCUUUGUAGUGAUCUCAUCCCUGCGUACACUUUAUGGCCAAUCCAUUUGAUGACACAAUCUUAGAAGGAUUUAUCUGCCCGAAAUGCAUGCUCACAUUUGGCACACCUGAUCUACUGAGCCAUCAUUUCAAUUUAGAUCAUCAAAACUCGAGUAUUCCAGAGAACGAAGAAAUUAUAUCAACAACAAAAUCGGUAUUCAGAACACAAUCUAAUACACAUAUUUCGUUUGCCUUCUAUGAUCGGAAGGAUGAUACUCAAUCAAUUGGCAUUUGUCAGUCGCUGACGUCAAAUUUCAUGGAAUUACGAAAAUGUCAUGUAAAUCGUAACUCAGUAGAAACAAAUAGCUUGCUAAUACGUCUAGAAAAAUUAAUUGACUUGGGUGAUGCACAUGAAAGUGAUAGAAAAGCACUUGAGCAAACCAUUGUGCCUUGGAUUGAUGCAAAGAUCGAUCUUUGUCCAUGCUGCGGCAAGGCGUUUGGUCUAGGUGCUGAGAUGGCUUAUCCAGAUGAAGACGACAAUUACGUGGAUCCUUCAAAAAAUAGUAUGACUGAUAUUUCCAAAUCUUGGCUUAGCAAAACUAAUGUCACUCGUUUGACAAAUGCCAUAUUGGACUAUAAUCCUGUUUAUCGUCGAAGACAUCACUGUCGUCUUUGCGGAUCUAUUUUGUGUGCUGAUUGCAGUUAUUUUGUGUCUGUACAUAAUGCUCGUAGUCUUCUAAAUGCUCUUAAUGGGAAGGAUUUAGAUCUAUUCCCAGUUUCUACCAACACAAACGAUGCAAGCAAUGAGCCCGAUUUCUCCAUUCAGUCAGAAGAUAUGUUUCGAAAUGGAAAUACUCCUAGUUCUGAAAGAGGUUAUGAGUUGCGUAUUUGUCCUGUUUGUAAAAAGAUCCUAGAGAAGAAGAUAAACACCUUGAAAAGUCUAUCAGUCGAUACUCCGAUCAUCCAAAUGCACAUAGAGUUCAAGGAAUUGAUGCAAAAAGUUCAUGAAUGGCUUCCUUCGUAUAGUAUAAUUGCUGAAAGUUUAAACUCUGGUGAACAAAAGUAUGCACUUGAGUCUGCAAGAUCUAUGCAUUCUGAUCUGUUACAGGCAUUACAGAAGAUUGAGUUACUUGGGCGACAGUUUGCGAAAUUUAGUGAACCCGGUUCCGAAUUUUAUGUCAACAGAGCAUUGGCACGUCUGGCACUAGCAGUUCAUCGAAGAGCCAGAAGUUUCGUUCAAAAUUAUCUCCCACCUUUACGCACUCUUCCUACUCUCAAACAAUAUGACAGUCUUACUUUACAACGCAAAGACGAACUUUCAGCAAGGUGGUUGGAAGAGGAUAGAGCUCUGGCAGAAUUUCAUUACAGUUACAAACUGGAUACUCACAAUAAUGCAUGUAAUGUAUUGGCUUGUUUCGCAAGUAAUGUAUUCUUUGAAACAAUCUUAAUGAGUCGAUCGGUGUCUUUCAUCACUGUUGAGCAAAAAUCCUGUGAAAGUGAAGGAACUCAAUGAGUUUCUGUAGUUUUCUAUCACACUUGCUGUAGUAAACACAAUGAAUAUGUUUCUCAGAAGCUAAAUGGAUUGAUGAAAAUAAUUAAAGCCUUCUUGCGCGAGAAUCAUUAUAUCCAGAUCAUCGUCAUUGAAGCCCCAUGAUUGACAAAAUCAACGUGUGAUCUUGUACUCACCACACUUUACAGUAGUACCCAAAGAACAAGCGGAAAGAAAGAGAGUUAUAUCCAAGUAGACAAUAUAGCGUGAGAUAAUAAAGGUAAGUGUUAAUAUUCAGGAUUUUAAAUUUCAGGAAGUGACUACAUCUGCGCCAUUGUGACCGAUUUCCAGCCAUGUCACCGAGUGUCUUCAACCACUGGUUCUUUUCGUCUUGGGGACUCCAACCAGGCAGUCUACAUCUCUCUACACGACUCAGUGAGAGACUCCGUUGACUGGUGCCAGAUCUUGGUUUGGCUAACCUAAACCUUCCAACAUAAUUCAGCAUCCCCUUGCAUGGCACGUCGAGGUAGGCGGUGGAUCGGCAUGCGCAGUAUAUGUCCGAACCAUCUCUGUUGGCUAAGGUUCACAAACUUGUCAACCAACUCGCUUAGUACAUCUUGUUGAUAUCAACAUUGGUCACAUGAUAAUUACACCAAGCGCAAGGAAUGCUACGAAGACAUCUUUGAUCAAAACCCUGUAACCGCUUUAUGUUUUCUACUUUAAAUGCCCAUGUCUCACAGCUGUAUAACAGGACACAACGGGCUGCAGCGUAGAAUACUCGUCCUUUGAUGGAUAGUCGGAUGUCUCGCCAGUUGGCACCACAGAUAACAUAAGUUGUAAAGUGCCAAACGGACUUUCUGAAUCCCAGCUGAGUUACGUCAGCAACCACCUCUUUCGGACUAUACAACUCCCUAAGUAAGCGAAGUGGUCGACACAUCCCAUCAAUUUACUCCUUAGCAUGAAACUGGGAGUACUUGCAGCAGACCAGUUGUGGAGCAUCCUCUUACAUUUGACAGGUGCCAGUAAAACGCAUGCCAAAUAUACUCAGGUUUCUGCUCAACACUUUCACAAGACCCUGGAUUUCGUCAACAUCUUCACCCAUCAGGACAAUAUCGUCUGCAUACUCAGAGUCAAUCAGAUGACCUCCGGGGAGUAGGCCAGAGGUAGCUAUGGUUAUGCCCAUUAGUACGUCUAUGACGACGUUAAACAGCAACAGGGGACACCUAGUUGUCGUCAAUUCUGAUGACUUUCCGUAAGCCCUAAGACGGUUGCGUGUUCGAAUAGAGAGCUUUGAUUAACGUUAUAUACUUUCUCAGUACUGCCCUUCACAGUCAUACACCUCAUGGUCAACACAGUCAAAUGACGCCUUCAGUUCAACAAAUAUGGCAAGUGUCAGCAACUGGCCGGUAAGUAUGCCUGUGUUCCAGGAGGGUGAAAAUAUGAUCGAUGCACUCGUUCAGGCCUGAAAACUGCUUGAUUUUCUCGAACUCCAGUUAGUCACUGGAUAGCUUUGAACCCUAGGAUCUUGGACACGAUAUUAGUCAAACUGAAUCCCCUAUGAUUGUCACAAGAUUUCUCCCCCUUCUUAUAGACCGGAAUAAUCAGAGAAGUAAACCAGUCUGGCUGCACUACCUCUGGUUUCCAUACACUGCCUAGUACCUCCGUCAAUCUGAUCAGCAAUCUCCCACUUCGAGUGGCAAAUUGUCAGGUCCUGCUGCUUUGGAUCGUUGCAGGUUCGAUACAACUUUCUUGAAUUUGGCGGAAAGACUGGAAUAUAUAUAUAUAUAUAUAUAUAUAUAUAAUAAUCAGAGAAAGUCGAAAAGGAAUGAUCGACAUAUAUAUUUUCCAAGCUUGACUUCAACGAGCAGGAAACGAAAUCUAAUCCAUCCAUUUUCUUCAAGAAUUAGAUCUGCAGAAAUUAUGCCAUUGCAGAUGAACUGGGAAAACUGACAAGUUCUGGAAAAUUGAUAUGCACCGUGGUUCAUUGAGAAGAGUCUAUGUUUGAGUCGUGAAAUGAUUAAAUUGAAAUUUGAAGAGAAAUUUAAGCAUGAGAGUUGAUGUUACAUUUAUCUUAAUGACAGAGAAUGCAGAAAGCACGUUUCGUCCUACUCGGGACUCGUCAGUUGGAUGUACCUGCACCCCAGUGAGUGUUGUUUCUAUAGACGCUCGAACCCAGCACUUCAAAUGCCAUAGCAUUAUCCUUUAAGCCACUGGGGCACGAUAGCCACCUCUUGUGCAACGGGUAUCAGUUGUUGUUAUCAUACUUGUAAUGUCCCGUUGGUAAUAGAGGUAGUAGUAGUGCUGCAAAGAUCAUGGGGAACCAUCCGAGUCGUUUUUACAGUUAUUUGAAUUUCAGCUCAUCGCUGCGCAAUAAUUGACCCAUAAAUGUUUCAAUGUAAAACUGUUACGUCAACAUGUCUACGAGUUAACUUGCUUCUGUGGAUUGAUAUAGAAGUAAAACUUGGUCACCGUGGUAGAUCAUAAUCCCACCUUAGUCUGUUUAUAAGAAAUGUCACACAGUAAAACAGUAUCAGUUACUGGAUGUUUUGUAUAAACAGACUAAAAAUUGAAUUGCUUCUGGGCAGUUAAUAAUAUAUGCAUUCAAAAAGUCCUGUUCUUUUUAAAAUUACCCCGCAUGCCUAUCAAGAAGUCAGUGUAUAUCUAUAAACAGUUCAGCACUUGAGCAUCUUAACAAUUCGGAUUGCUUAGCUCCAAUGAAACUCACUUUUAGAAACUAUAAAGUAGAAAUGAACAGUUGAAAGAGUGUACUACUUGUGCACGGUAGUAGAACUGUCAACCGACUUAAAUCAGCAUCCUUAUCUACUUCCUACUCACCAAGUGGACAGUUGGCUAUUGUAUAUUUGAAAACAGUUCUUGUCUUGUCAACUUCCUCACAAUUUUGGUCACUUUUAUGUUAUCUUUCAUUAUGUAACUCCCCUUCAUCUUUAGAAACAACUUAAUUAUGUUCUUGAACACUGUUACCGAUACAAUCUGACUGAUAAUUAAUUGCUAUUUGUUUCUGAAUACUGCUACUCUGAAAAUCGAUAACAAAUUCAUUUGGUGUUUUAGCCGAUGAUUACUAGUUUAAAUCAGUCCUCGCACGGUUACUUAUUUCAGAGUGAGGCGUUAUUUGUCACCUUAUGUUUCAGAUAUGAUUGGAAUUUAUUCAUUGGUUUUAGUAUUGUUUCGCAGUCUUAUAAGUAGAAGAAGCGUGACCACCAAAUAAAAAAUUUCUCUGUUUAUUUGAAACUUCGUUCUUUGUAAUUCGAUCUUAAGUAUUUGAAAAGGUAGAUCGGAGUUCGCGACUUAUCAUAUCCUUCAUGAUACUCAAAUAACUUUUCGUUUUGUACACUUGAGCAGCAGAGUAGGUAAGUGAAUUUGUUUUAGUAUGCUUGUAAAUAAUAUCCAUAAUAAAGUUAGCUGAUAUCCCAGGAUAAGAACGAUAGUCUGAUAACCUAUGAAAAAGUCAUCUGGUUUCAAAGCCUAAAAAGCUGACGACAUAUGUGCAAAGAUAAUUGUAACUAAUAGUAGUUCGAUCCAUCCUUCAUGAAGCUUUGCGAUGCUGUAAAACCCAAGGAUUUUAUUGAUGUCCACUAUUUGUUCAAAAGGAUAUAUAUUUGAUUUGGUUGUUAAGGAAUGUUUUCAUUUCAUCCUAAACUUGUUGUAAGAUGUUGUUGUAAGUUGUAAGAUACGUUAAAAUUGAAUGGUUGGAAGAGAUACUGUCACCUAGUGUUUACCGCUAUUGUAUACUUUCAAAUUAAAUGAUAUAUCAAGCACCUCGGGAAAAUGUUAAUACGAAUCAUUUUUUUUCCUGAUCUUUCAGUUGAUGCAACGUGUAUCGGGUAAA